AUACGUUUUAAUUUAUCUUUUUAAAUACGACAGCGAAGAUCAUAUUAUGAAACAACGAAAUUACCAGCAAAACGUCAUUUUUUGGAGUUUUUAAUCUGUUACUAUUAAUAAAACAAAUAAGAGAAGGGUAUUAGCUACAAAUGAAUGACAUUUUUUAGUUGUUUUUUUUCUUUGUUACUGUUAUUAAACAACGAAGAGAAAGGAAUUAGCCACAAAAUGACUAGUUUUAUAGUUGUUUUACUGUUGCCGUCUAGGUAGAAAAGGAAACGAAUGAAUUCCAUUGUUUAAGUAUUGGCGGGUCGCCUUAACGUUGUAAUGUAAACCUAAGUUAAGUUGAGCAAAUAUUGGGGAUUGUUUAUUUUGUGAUUUACAACUAAAACUGCGGAGGUGUAACUUACAUGGUAGCUAGAAAUGACGAAUGUUUAGUGUUUUGGGGGAACAGACUCCCCAAUGUUGUGUUUAAGGUUUGAAUAAUAAACACUGAAAUUAAAACUCAGUAUAAACAAAGUUUUGGGAGAAAAUAUAAAAAAGGAUAUUUAGAUGGAUUGAGAUAAAACGAUGCUUGUUGUUUUUGUUUUAUAAAUGACGUCAUUAAUUGUUUGAUUACAUCAUACUGACGUCGUUAACGUUAAAUUAUGACAUAAUUUAUAAAUAUGGCGGAAAUAGAUUAACAUUUAAACAGGAGUUAAAUAAGAAAUGGAACCUUAACAAUAUGAUAUAAAUUUUGUAAUUUUUAUUCGAAAAUAUUCAAAACAAGUUUUAAUAUAUUGGCGGUUGAAUAUAUUGUUGUAAACAUUACUCUGCUGAAGAGAUAAAGCGCGGUCGGUGAUUCCAUUGUUCAUCAAUUGUUCGGUAAUACCAGCACCGUUUCAAGCGUACUUGUGACGUGACAAUGGAACCCAUUAUGACAUCACAGGAAGCUUUGUUGGUUCGGAAAGUCGCUACUACGUCACCGUGCAUUGUGACGUCAAAAUACAAUCGAAUACGAAGCGACAUCGAACGUAGAUUGCGUCACACCAACAACCAACAAUCGCUUCAAGUUUUCCUCCGACUCAUGAGAGGAGGACACGUCAUCAACGAUGACGUAAACAAAGACAACAGUCCGAACAUAGUGGCACCCCCUACCACCCCCAUACCUUCGUUGAACGAUGGACCAGCGGAUGAUGACGUCACGAUAGAGGAUAAUACGUCACGCGUGACGUCAUACUCACGAAAGCAGAAGGAAAGUCCAAGGAAGACACAAAACAAGCCACCCAUCAUGCUGAACACGUGGGUUCAACACAACGACACGUGGUUGACGAUGAGAGGUCGUAACAUCCGGUUGCAGCAUCAAGACCACGUGAGAAACGCACUGACCGGAACGAGAGCUACGUCACGUGCAGAAGUCAAAGGUCACCGCCCCCGCAGCGUGACCCCGCGUUACCCCAUCCCCAGUUACUAUGGCAAUAUGAUCAACAAUGGUUCUACUAUUACGCCACAAAGAGCGACCUCCACCCCCCUAGUUACCAACGGUUACUAUAGCAACCUGAUGACGCAACAACCGCGUCGACGCGACACCCAGCGUUGCCAUAGCAGCAGGACAACCCCGGAUUCGACGCGAUCGAUUGUUAUUAGAAUACCAACUUCCGCUAAAAGUACAACGUGACUUACGUGCCCAAAACUGACGUGACUAACUUACGUGCCCAUUCAUUGUUAAAACGUCUACGUGACUAACUUACGUGCCCAUUAUUAGCUACAUGCCUACUGAUAACUUACGUGCCCAUUAUCACACGUACCUUAGAAUGAAGAUCCACUGUCGGAGCCAUGCAGGGGGGUGAGGGGUUUCCCCCCGUGUAGUGUGAUGUCAUACUCGAAUACGUCAUGCGGCGUCUGUGACGUAACAACAACAAAUGUUAAAUAUGUGCAAUCAUGCAUGCGAUGGAUCAUAGAAACAAUAUAUAACACGGUAAUGGGAUGUCUAUGUUUGGGUGAUUACUCACUAAGACCAUUAUUUGAUAACACGACUUUCCCGCUAUAAAUAAUCGACAUUAUGACGUCAUAUAAGAAGUUCUCAAGCGUUGUUUCGUCACAUUCGUCAUUCUCAAGUGGGAUGACGUCACAGUAGCUAUUCUUACUUAUUGUUACAUCACUUAAGAUGAGUAAUGUUAUAAUUGUAAUGUGAUUGUGACGAAACAAAAACAUUCUAAAUCAACUGUUUUUGGGGAAAAUACUUAUAUUUUUUUUCUAUUUUGGUUCAAAUUUCGUUAAAUACGAUGAUUUAGCGCCAAGUCUAGACGUUUCCCGUCCUCUCCAUUGUUUUAUUGUUUGUAAAUAAACAAGUGACUCGACUG